CGGUGACUGCAGUGGCACCGUUAAAGAUAACCACCGCGGGAUGAUGGCUUCCACCUCUAAGAAGGCAAACGUGGCCUCCACCAGCCUGAAAAGAAAAGUGGGUCCUAAGCCUGAACUCACCGAAGAUCAGAAGCAAGAAGUUCGUAAAGCGUUUGAUCUCUUCGAUGCUGAUGGAAGUGGGACCAUCGAUGUGAAGGAGCUGAAGGUGGCCAUGAGAGCGCUGGGCUUCGAGCCCAGGAAGGAGGAGAUGAAGAAGAUGAUCUCCGAAGUGGACAAGCAAGGCACAGGGAAAAUCAGCUUCAAUGACUUUUUGGCCGUGAUGACCCAGAAGAUGACCGAGAAAGACACCAAAGAAGAAAUCCUGAAGGCUUUUAGGCUCUUUGAUGACGAUGAAACUGGGAAGAUCUCUUUCAAAAACCUAAAGCGUGUGGCCUACGAGUUAGGGGAAAACCUCACCGACGAGGAGCUGCAGGAAAUGAUCGACGAAGCUGAUCGAGAUGGAGAUGGCGAAGUGAACGAGGAAGAGUUUCUUCGGAUCAUGAAGAAGACCAGCCUAUAUUGAAGUGGGUUACUGAGCGGUUCGCCGAGCUCCCUGCAUUGGUUUUGUGAAAUCUUGAGUUAGAAUAACGCUAUCUUUAUCCCAAAUUUGUCUAGAUACUUCUAUUUCAAGUUCUCUGACUCAAUUAUAGAAUUUUAAAGAUGA